UACUAAUAUAUAUAUAUAUAUAUAUAUAUAUAUAUAUAUAUAUAUAUAUAUAUAUAUAUAGGGAGGAGAGGAAAAAAAGUUACGGAGUAAACCUGUAGAGCUGCGCGAGAACAAGAACAGAGAGUUGACGAAAGGGGAAAUCGCGCGCCAGGAACGGAGGGGGGGUGAUCACCGUUGGUUUGCCGCCGCCUCUCACCGCCGAGUUCAACAUCUUCUCUGUCAAUUGAACCGCCGAUUUGUUUUUUGUUUAAUUCGUGUAAUAUUAGAGAUUUAUAACAGGAUCAUCUUGAUUGAGGUUUCAUGGAUCCUGAAUUAUAUGCAGCCUCCAAAGUUACAGCCAGAACAACUAGGAAGGUGAGAUUUGCUCCGAAAGCUCCUCCUCGUAGAGCCCAGACGCUUGUUUUGCCGAAACCGGAAAAAGUCGAAGAUGAUUUUGAUGCUGUGAAAUCAGAGGAAUUGUUGCGCCGCUUCAAGGAGGCUACUACUAGAAAAGCUAAAGUAGAAAAGAAAGGAUCAAUACAGUUUGUGCCUGCUCCGGAAGGUUUCUUAAAGUCAUUAAAAUCAAAUCUCCCUCCCAAGGGCGCUGAAAAGCUUCAGAACUCAGCCUCUAAUGACGGAAAGUACCAUCUCCAUCCAUUUUGAUGCCGUAAAUAUUUUUCUGAUUUAUUUUAAAGGCAAUUCUUUCUGCAGGCGGUACAGAGGUGCUUCAACCUGAGAAAGAAUACAAUGAACCUUGGGUU